UGUCCACAGAGCACAUUGAUCCUCUCCACGUGAUGUCACAUUCAUGAACAAUUGGGCCAGCGAGAGAGAGAGUGGGUAAAACAAGAGAGAGGGACAUGUAUAUGUUUUUUUGUGAAGGCUGGAUUCUAUCAUAGAGGUCGGGAUUGUUAGAAGAACCUGUGAUUUGCUUGGUGUUGCAUGACUCCACAGUUCAACAUGGCUAGUUCAAAACUCAAAUUGUUACUUCUCAUCCACCUCUUACUGUCUGAAGUAGUAUUUGGCAGAGCUCCACUCCCUCAAAGCAACCUGAGGCCCUCAGUCACUUCAAAAAAGUCUCAAACAGAGCAAGUAGAAUCACAAGUGGUUGAAGAUGGUCUUCCUGCCGCCCAUCAGUUGGUCUUAAACCUCUCAGCCUCAUUACAAGGUCAGCUGGAUCUCCAAAGCAAUGCAAGCUGUGUAGAGCUCGCUAAUGGAGGCUGGAGAGGAAAUGGUUUCUCUCAGGAGAUAUUGGGGUUGGCAAUGGUGCCUGUGCUGGUGUCAGCAGGAUGUUUGUCUGAAGCCCAGGCUUUGGUAAUGCAACUCUACGCAGUGUUGGGCCAAAAUGAUACAUGUGAAUUUUUGCAGGACAUACUAGUGCUGAUAAAAAGAGGCAAAGAGAGGGAAUCAGCACAUUUUAAUCAUCACACCUUUACCGAUGGUUUCCAAUCCCAUUCAUCUCCUCUUUUAUUCAACUCUGAGUCACAGCGCCACCUGCAGGCUCUUAUAUUUAACAUCCAUCAGCUAGCUGAAGUGGGUGAGAGUGUUGAUGGUUAUAAGGGUAAAGUUGGAACUAAGGGGCAAUGCAAAGGAUGGGUGAGGGUGAAAGGCACUCGGUUACUGGGACAGGCCACAGAACAGAGCAGGCCAUUGCGUAUUGGGGAAGCACAGCAGGCUUGUCAAAGCUUGGGAAUCCAAUGUGCAGGUGUGACCCAAGAUGGCGAUUCUGGAUAUUAUUGUGUUAUCUUGAGGCGUGGAAGCAGAGUAGUGCCUUCAUCUAACUCUGAGAGCUGGAUUCAGAAUUGCAAGGUGGGGUCUGUACGUUGGCGCAGAAACGGGGACCCUCAGCUUCACUGUGUCAAUGAAAAAGAGGAGCGAGUGUAUACGGUUGUGGAGUGGAUUCCUGCAGUUUCCACGCUGUAUAAUCUGGGAACAGCCGUUUACUAUGCUUCGCUUAACUGCUAUGAUACUGCAAAAGAGAGAGCCAUCUUCAGCACUGUGGAUCUGGGCACAGAUGCCCUCAUGGCUGUAACGGGUGGAACCGCAGGGGUAGCUGGUUAUGCAUUGGGGGCUGGAUUAAAAACGGGCGUGAAGGCAGGGAUCAAAUAUCUGCUGAACAACAUGAAAGAGGAUUCCGACCUGCUAAUGAACCAGAACAGCUUGGAGGAUGGAAUUAUCACUGUCCAAUAAAAAACAAUGAGGAGAUUCAAGAACAGAAAGCAUUGCUCUGGGGACUCAAGGAUUUUUCCACCAGCAGUAAAUGAUGUUUAAGAAGCUAUGUUUUGUAUAUGUUCAGUCAUAUAGUUUGUUACAGUUACAGUUCACAAUAUCAGUCCCAUAAACAGAUAAUAUUAAAAGUUAAUUCUCUUAAUUUCUACUGAAACAGUAUUUAAAUGCUGUUUUAAUUGGGUUUUCAUAUGUCCUAAAUGUCAUUUCCACUUUGAUUGUAAUAUUACUAAUAAUCAAAAGGUAUGUAAUGAUAUCAGCAUGGAAGUAACAUCAUUUUUGGUGGGUAAAAAAACCAAACAAAAAAACAAUAGGACUUAAAUGAACUUAUUGUAGCAAUGGAUUUUUCUCAAUUUAAAGCAUUCCAUUCUGUUAGAUAAAGUUGAAAUCUGUAUGAUAUUUCAAUAUUUUAUAUAAUUUAUACUAUGAUAUGAUGUUCACCACAUGUGUUUUUGCACAUGUGAAAUUUAUGUGCUUUUUCUGUAAGGGAUAUUAUUAAUUUUUAAAAAAAGACAUCCCUUUGAUGCAUCAUGUUCAUUUUCUUGUCAAUAGUGCCUGAGCUUGACCAGAGCAUAUUUCUUGAAGUCCGGUAUGCCUAUUCAUAAAAAUACUUCUUUAAUUUAGUUAGACCUCAAAAGGUUCUGCAUAACAGAAAUGUUGAGACUACAUUUAUAUCAUUUCUCCAGCGUCAGCUGAGACUUUUGACUCAAGUCAAACAGCAUGGGUAAUAUUUAACUGCUAUUAUAAGCCAGUUAUUUAAAUCAAUAACAUCAGUGGGAAGAGCAGAACACUAGGUAAUAGAAUACAAGAUAAGAAUAAACAGAGCAUUAAGUCAUAGUAAUUUGUAACUGUCAUGUUGCCUAAUUGAUGUAUAGGUCAGCAGUUACAAGUAUAAUCAGUUAGAAAUGUGUCUACCUGUAGCCUAUUUCAGUUGAUAAAUUCCUUGUUUUUUUAUAUAAAUGUAUAAUCGUGUUUUAUAUAAGCUAUGCAUAGUGUAAAAUGAAUAAAUGUAGAAUAAACGUAUUACAUCUCUCCCA